AUGGAGCAACAAACUGAGCUCGACAACUGCUCUAGAAGCCGACAUACAGUUGAUAACGAAAUGUACCUGCUGCAGGUCGAGCUGGAACGACUCCAGAAUCAGAAAAGAAGUUCCGAUUCACAGGAAAACGAGCAAUUCAAAAUGAUGAAGGAGCAAAAUGAAAAUAACGCGAGAAAAAUUGAAGAGCAAGAGAAGGAAAUCGCGAAGAUGAAAAACUACCUUGAAAUGAUGAAAGUCGAGCGGCUUCAAUCAGAAAUCAGAUUCAGCGAAAACGAAGCAAAAAUCAAGCAAGAAAACGAAGAAUAUGUUUCGACGCUGAAAAGUGAAAUAAGAAUUUUAAUCAAUGAAUUGCAAAUUUCGAGAAUUCAAGCGGUAAUGGAAGAUAAAAAUUUCAACGAUGAAAAUGCCCGGAAAAUCGAAGCUCAAGAAAGCGAGAUUCAAAAACUUAAAGCUCGAGUUAUUCAACUUCAAGACGAGAAGAUGAAUUUUGAAAUGCAAGAAAACUCCGAGCUGGAGAGACUCAGAGAAGAAAACAGAAAGCUGGAAGCGGGUCAUGACGAAAACGAAAGAAUCGUAGGAGAGUUGAAGCAAAAGAAUAAAGAGCUUGAAGAAGAGCUUCGAGUUCUGAAAUCGACAAAUAAUCGACAAGAAAAGAAAAUUAAUUUGAAUAUCAACGAGCUGGAGAAGGUGAAAUUCGAAAAGGAUGACUUUAUGAAGCAGCUCAAAAUACUCAAAGCUGAUUUUGCCAAAGCAGAGUCAAAAAAAGAAGACUCAGAGCAAAAUGAGCUUCAAUCUCUUCGCGAAGAAAACAAGAGCAUCUCAAAGAAAAUGGAACAGCAUCAAAUUCAACUUGCUCGAGUCCAAAGCCAAAAAGUCCUGGCUGACGCUGAGAUUCAAAAACUCACCGAGGAAAACUCUGAUCUCCUUGACCAGCUUGAUCAGGCUGAAGAAAACAAAAAGAUGAUCGAAGAUUUUGAAGAAAAAUUGGAGUUUGCCAACAGAAAUUUGGAAAAAUACAAAAUGGCGCUUCAUUGGUACCAGAAUCCAGCAAUAUAUUCGGACAAAAUCCGACGAUUUGAAAAAGAAAACGGCCUCCGAAAAACGCGAAAAACAGAAAAUCUAAGAAGUAUGAAUCCAAAUCCUCCUCUUGCGCCAAUUUCCGAGCCGAAUUCCGACCAAAUUCGUCGAGUUUCUCAAACCAAUUAA